AUGUCAGAAAUUAAAUUAUAUUUUAAUAAUAAUCAAGAAAAUCUUGAAAGAUUAAAGAAAUGUCCUAGUUUGUAUCAAGAGAAAGAUGGUGAACCAUACCAAUCAAAUGAUUCACCAUCUAUUUUGAAUGCUGCCACUUACGAUCCACCUUACUAUUUAUAUAAUUCACAUAUUAUGAAUUAUUAUGUAACAUUUAAAAUGAAAAGAUUACAUUUGAAAAGAGAUAGAGAUGAAUUAGUUAAUGAAGAAGAUGGAGGAACUGUAUCUUUAGAUUGGUAUAAUUUCGGAAAUGAAUUUGAUGCCAAAACUCCAACAAUUGUUAUCUGUCAUGGUUUGACUGGUGGUUCACACGAACCUUAUAUCCAAUACUUUGCAAAGUAUGCCUACGAUACCAAGGGAUUCAGAUCAGUGGUAUUCAAUAAUAGAGGUUGUGCUGGUAACAAGAUCACAGCAGAUACUGGUUACUGUGGAAUCAAGGUAGACGAUUUGGAAAUGUGUAUAAGAAAGAUUCAAGAGAAAUAUCCUGAAGCUCCAUUGUUUUUGGCUGGAUUCUCGUUGGGUUCUGUAAUAUUGGUAAACUACCUGAAUAAACAUCAAGAAGACUCUCCAUUUUUGGCACAUCUCUGUAUUUCUAAUCCAAUGGAUAUGAACAAGAGUAUGGAGAAUCUAAUGUCAACAUACUUGAAUUCCUAUUUGUAUGGAAAAGGUUUGGCUGUCAAUAUCAAAAAGCUGUUAUACAAGUUUGGUGACCGUCUUGAUAAGUAUGCCACCAAAGAGCAAAUCAAGAAUGCAGCAUCGAUCAAGGAUCUCGAUGAUCUGGUGACAUCAAAGAUGUUUGGUUUCGAAGAUGGCGACCACUACUAUCGUGAGGCAAGCAGUUCCAAUCAUAUCGAGAAGCUACAAAAGCCAAUAUUGUUUAUCAAUGCAUCGGACGACACUAUCUCGCCACCUCAAGGAAUGGCUUCGGUCUAUGAAAAGUUUAAAAACAAUCCCAACACAAUGCUAGCACUUACCAAGCGUGGUGGUCAUCUAGGAUUCAUUUCCUAUCGUGACUGGACAUCGUGGGCAGACAAAGCAGGUGUUGAAUAUUUCUCAACAUUUUUAGAAAAUAAAUAA